AUUCUACCAUUUUGCGAAGACAGGAGGUGGACCUUAAUCUGUUAGAGAUCGCUCGGUAUCCACGCUACCUUCAGGACUGAAAAGAAGCAUGCUCACAACGCUAUUACUCAGCUUUCUUAGCUCUACAACUUCCAAGGAAUACGGUCCCACUGAAGUAUGGAUAACAGCAGCAACAGACAGAAGAUGUACCAACGCUGAGGUUGGAGAUGACCUUCGAGUUACAGAUAUUUGUGUUAUUCAAAUCGAGGAAAGCACUAGGAUGAACACGGCCAGAAGAUGUGAUCAUGCUUGCGAUAGGCAGUAUUUCAAUGGAACAAACGUGUAUCACGGCUGGCCCGUCAAUUGGAAGUGGGAAGGACGGAUUGUCACUGUUGCAUUGCUAGUGGCGAGGGUUGGCCCCAAACGAGCGAAUGAAAAUCCAGUCGCAUAUUUUGGCACAAAAUCUGAAAAAAACUGCCGCUACUCUCCUCCAACAGGAACAGGCUCUGAUUUCUCGGAAAUGUACUCCAAAAACCCAUUCCGAAUCGGACAUAUUGACGUGAAACUGUGGCUACCAAACGGGACUUCAAUGCUCCCGAUGACUGUUAUGCGACCGAUACCUGGAUCGCUAACGAAGGAUGGUAUGUUCUGGAUGUAGAGGACAAGACCUGGUAUCCAAUCUAUUUUGAUCCCCAUUUCGACCAAGCAUUUUUCUUUUGAAGUUCAGAGUUUUUGUGAGCUAUGACUUUUAGCGUUUGUGUCCUUUUGUGUUUGCAGCUAGUAGACCAGAAUUCUUUCUUGAGAACUCAAUAA